GUUGCCGUGACAUCUCGCGAAAGAAAACUAAGUUUUGACUACUCCUUGAUUUCCUUAAUCUGCCAAUUUGUUUGCCUUCGUUGUUUGUUCGCUGUAAGGUGGAAACAAUUGAUAUUCUACGACACAAAAAGCUCUGCUGAAGGUUGACAGUUGGUAGCAGUAUUCUAUUUAUGAUGCGGGCGGCCAGCCACAGAGAUAUGCUUAAAGUUAACACCAACAAAAAGCGAAUAUAAAAGAAACUAACAUCGUGUCAUGACCGUGACUCAUAAUUAACAUUGGUUUGACUCGUUUCCUUCGCGGUUUAACUGAUGUUACAAAGUGACACGAUUCUCUCCUUCCUUUUCUAAACAUGAACAGCAUGAGAUAAACAGAAGCUCGAGAACAGUCAUCACACCAUAAGCAGCGAGAAGCUAAUGUCACUUCUAUAGCCUGAAGACGAGGAUCUCUAAUAAGGCGAAGGAUGAUAACUAACACCAAUUCAUCUGGGGAUCACUUGAUUGGUUCCAACAGAACUAAUACAACCGAGGCGUUCCAAGAACUGGUUCGCACAAGCGCUGCUAUAAAAAUUACAUUUUGUAUUAUCUACUCGAUUAUUUCUUUUAGUAUCGUCUUGGGAAACAUUAUUAUUGUUUCAGUUUUUCUAAGAAAGCAUAAACUACGCACUCGCACUGCCUAUUUUCUUGUGAAUCUUGCGUUUUCGGACAUCAUCGUGGGUGGCGUUGGAGUACCUUCUUUCAUCUACAUUCUCGCUAAUUCAGUGGAAUUUCCAAGCUUUGUUUAUACUCUGUGGAACACAAUCGACGUAUUCAGUGCGACAGCAUCCAUUUGGCAUUUAAUGAUGAUAAGUAUAGAAAGGUUUUAUGCAGUAGGAUGGCCAUUCCUGCAUCGCAUAUCUUCUAAAAAGCCAUAUUUCUGUGUCAUUGCCCUGGUAUGGAGCGUAUCAGUAGCGCUGUGCUGUAUCACAGUGACAGAAGCGUCCAGAUGGCCUUAUUACACACUCUUCGUUUCUGUGGUUUCUUUCCUUUGGCCUCUAUCAGUCAUUCUUGUCGUCUACAUUGCCAUGUUUGUAAUUGCGUCAAAAAGUGUUCAUCACAAUCAUCAACAAGCCCAAGGCGCAGAAAAGGAGACACGCAUCGCUAAAGCAAUCUUGCUAGUGAUUGGUUGUUUUCUAGUGGCUUGGGGUCCUUUCUUCGGCCUGAACUUUGCAUACUGGGCGUGCCGUUCAUGUGUUGAUAUCAAAUACGAAGUGAUUCUUGCUUUCAAGGUUCUUCAAUACAGCAGUUCGCUGGCGAAUCCUGUCAUAUACACACUGCGACUUCCUGGUUGCUAUGAAGCAUUCAUGGAGAUGUAUGGCCACUGGUUAAUUAAGUGUAAAAAGUCUAAUUAUCUAGAUAACUUGGAAUAUCCGCUUGCUCCUUAUGACGACAUAUCUUUGAUCAGAAUUCGUGGCAUCAACAACAUCUCAUUUCAUUCCCCGUCAUGGCGAGUAAAUCCUACAAAGCGAUCGAUGAAAACACGGGUCGGCAAUGGAAAUUCAUCAAGAUUGUUUCGAAAAUCCAAAAACAUGACGUUCUCGUCGGUGAUAUAGUCGACCAUGUGUGAUCUUGUGACACAACAUUAACAUAACUGGCCUGUGUUUUUAAUUUCGCCGAUUCAAGUCUUAAGACUUGACAUUUUCAUGUACAAACAGUGUACUUGCUCCUCAACGAUGUUAUCGUUGUCACAUGGUCUCAAUGAAAAUUAGAGGAAAAGACAAUUAUAUUGGUUUUAAUAACCACAAUAAGAAGAUAACUGGGAAGGGGAUAAACAAAUAGGAUCAAUAUGUGUUUCAAGCAAGUAACUUUGUUGUAACCUGGGAAUAGGCAAGAAAAUUUGUCCUUGGACACUUUCCGGGUAGACGGGCGCAACCAAAAAAAUAAAGAACUCAGUUACUGCAAGAUCAACUCAAGGACGUUUAGCGAAACAUGGCUUCAGUAGUCUUGAGUCGUCAAAAAUAUUUCUAUUUUUCCUUUUCCCUUGAUAAAUUCUACAAAACCAAUAGAAGAAAAUAAAUAUUCCUUUAUUUACUUCUCUUUAUUUACUUAUUAGAUACUUUAUAUCCAAUAAUCAAACCUGUCAGCAAAACUCAAGGUAAUUUCUUUCAUUCUUUUAUCUGUUUGCAAUUCCGUAUUAAAUGGACGGGGAAGACGCUACAAACUCGCUUUGGUGAUUUUCAAAAUGAAUGCAGUCCAAAGAUGAAAAAUAUUGCAUCCUCUUAAUAAAUAACUUAUGAUUUAUUAUGAGAGAUAAACGUUGAUAAAAAUUUCUUCAUCCACUUAUUGAUAUCCAUUGAAAUAUUACAUCAGAAUAUGUUUGAAGUAACAGUCUACAUGUAGUCUGUAGGUCUAGCAUUUUUGGGCAAAUGAAGAACUUUUCGCCAUUCGUAUAUAUUCGAUGUGAAAAUCAAGAUAUGAAAGGGCGUUUCAUUACUCUAUGCCUCUGCUAUCUAAGAACCGUUUCAGUGUUAAUAAAAUAAAAAUCAUUUUUCAAAAGACUUUCUUCACCUUCUCCUAGAAAAAAUUGCACGAUAAGUAAGUAUGCGCUGAGUCUAGCUUUUUACACCUCAAACGUUUAAAAAAUAUAUAAAGUGACAAAACAAAUACAUAUAUAUAUCUGACCGAUUUUCCA